AUGGCCGACGAUUCCUCUGCAAUCGAGGCCGUCCAGCUGGACACGGCCAAGCUAAAAACCAUGACGGAAGAAGCGCAGCAGCAACUAUAUGUCAUGUCCUUCCUGAACAACCUCGAGAAGCUGGUCAAUCGGUUGGAUGAGGACGGAGCUUCUGCCUAUCAGCUCUAUGUGAAGAAGGAGCUCUUCAAGAUUAUUACUUUGCCAGCGCCAGCACCUACUCGAUUGGUCCGGAAUAUAUCUGGACGGUGCUUUGCGGGAAUUUUUGGUAAAGGGGAUCGCAAGCUGCUUUUUGAAACGAUCAAUGAGUUAGCGGGCCUUAUAAAUGCGGGGAAGUCGGAUAAAGACUUGAGGAUUCGAUAUGCGGCUGUCCAUUGCGUGGGAGAGGUUUACAGAGCUGCUGGAGAUAGUGCUAUGGCGUUGUCAACUUUGACCUGUACCUCGCUACUUAAGCUACUUAAACCUGCUCAGAAUCACUGUGGAUUGAGAAGUUCCAUAUUUCGAGCUCUGGGAAAGGUUUUCAGCAUGGUCAGGGAUAUGGCAGACGAGGCGGUAGCCCGCGACGUCUGGAAGCAGGCAAGAAAUGCUGCAACAAACGAGAAAUCAGCCCUUGUUCAAGCUAGCGCAUUACAGUGCAUGGAAGAGCUUUUGCAAGCUACCCAGCUCUUUAACAACCACCAAGAGUACGAUAAAUUGCAAAGUGCCGCAACGAAGGCUCUAGAUUCUACCUCAGCAUCGGCCCGGCGAGCCGCUGCGUCAUGUUGGUCACUGGCACUCGUGUUAGCCUACUCUACCGAAGCUCCAGAGCUUGCGAAAAUUGCAAAGAGGCCCAAAAAGAUGAAGAGGGUAUCGACCGCUGUUGGGGACGAUGAGGGGUUGGGCGUAGACAGGCCUAGCUCACCGGCUCCAAGCAGCAAAAAAGCUAUUGUGAGACUAACACUUACCUUGGAAGAGGUUCUACGGCAACUUUCGAUGCACUACACCAAACCCUCCACAUCUCCAAGAACUAGGGCAGGGAUUGCAUUAUGUUACUCGGGAGUUCUGGCGAGACUUGGAUCAUCGGUGGUCGAAAAUAACUAUGGGAUUAUUUCGAGUCACUUACUCAAUGACCUACUCUCCCACCAUGCAAUUACUGCCAAUAGGUUCCGGUUAUUGACCACCCGGAAGUAUGUGCGAAUCCUGUUGGAAGAUGUAAUUGGUCGCAGGCUACUCGGGGAAACUGGACAACUCAAUGCGAUCAAGAUACUUGUUAAUGACACCAUAAAGAAUUAUCCUCAGGUCAUCAGAGAAAAGCCCGAGCCCAGCAAACACGCUCUAGUCGGAGCUUUGCAUGCCUUGGCAUCUCCAAUGCAGUCGUUAGGAUCCGCCAUAGCAAGCGUGCAGGACACCACACGCGACGGACUUCUCCAGGUCUUACAACAUCCAAGCUACUCCGUCCAAGUUGCGACGAGUUGGUGUCUGAGAGUUUUUGUUAUUGCUGCUCCUUCCCAACUCCUUCCUAUAAUUACUAUUUGUAUGAACAAUGUGAAUCGGGAGCUCUCACAGAUGACCGCAAGGCGACCUACAACCACAGAGAUACUUCGUAGAUGUACCGGGUAUGCAAAUGGCCUUGCAGCAGCCAUCAGUGCCGCACCACUCCAACCUCUCUAUGCCUCGGUGGAUGUUACCUCCAGGAUACUAACCCUUGCUACAUCGUUGCUAAAAACAAGCGGAGAUUACGACCUCCGUAUCUCGGGCACUCAGAUACAAGUUGCAUGGAUCCUAAUUGGGGGGCUGAUGGCACUUGGGCCUAAUUUUGUGAAGAUCCAUCUUUCACAGCUUUUGUUGCUCUGGAAGAAUGCGCUGCCGAAGCCUCUAGCCAAGGACUCCUCGGUAGAGCGAUCCCUUUUGGAGUUGUCUUUCCUAGCUCAUGUUCGCGAGUGCGCCCUUGGCUCAAUCCUAUCCUUCCUUGAAUUCAACUCUAGGCUUUUGACAGCAGAUGUUUCCAAGAGGAUCGCUGCUAUGCUUCAAAACUCGACCUUAUUUCUUAACACAUUACCGGCCAAAAAAACCACGGAUGAUGUCACCCAGCGUCUUUCGCCUUCCCUGCAACUAAUCGACCUUGACCUUAUGGUCCGCCGCCGCGUUCUCCAGUGUUACGCGAAACUUGUGAAGCUCUCUCAUGGGGAAGCUCUCCAAGCAAACUUGCUCACAAUCGCUGUGAGUUUCUUUGCCGACCCUGAUAAGUACACUCCAUCAUCACUCAGUACGGCUAUUGCUUCUAGCGCUGGUAAUUUCGAGUCACUAUGGGAUAUUGGAGACAACUACGCAUAUGGUGUCUGCGGGUUUGUAAAAGGAUUUGAUGUUGAGUCAUUUGCAUUCGAAGCCCAGGGUACCAGACCAACUAUUGCCCAUUGGAUGACAAGAAGCAGUCCAGAAGCGAGGAUCAACGAAACACUACAUACACCUGUUAUUGGAUCUAUUGAGCACGAUUCUGUUUCCUUAUACAUUACAAACGAUUCGAGUGCCAGGAGUGAACCUACUCCUGCCCCGCCGGCUACUGCUGUAGUUAAUUCAGCGAUUGACCUUUUCACUAUCCUCCUUCCGAUCCAGCCCCCAAAGGUCCAGGAGAGUAUUUUGGAACAGAUAGCUACUUUUCUAGCGUCAGGCAGUCUUCAGCGCGAUCCGGGAAGAAAGGCUGCCAUGGUAAUCAACGUUGCGGUCGCCCUCCUAGGAACUCUUAAAGUGACAAUAAGUGAAGAAGUUCCGUCGGCGAGUUUAAGCACUGCGAGUGUUCUCAAGAUCAUGCAAGAAUUGCUGCAGGGAUUUGUUAUACAUCCUGACCCAUAUGUACGAAACGUUGCGUACGAGGCACUUGGGCGUUUAUGCAGCAUCGGCGGAAAUAGCUUUACCGGUAAUAUGAUAAACUGGUGUGUUGGGACGAUAGUCAAUAACCGGGAUCCCAAUGCCAGAGCUGGCUGUGCCGUGGCCCUUGGAUGCAUCCACUCGUAUGUCGGGGGAAUGGCUGCUGGGUUCCAUCUCAAAACCAUCAUUGGGAUCUUGAUGUCUCUUAGCAAUGAUCCUCACCCGACAGUGCACUUUUGGGCACUAGACGGACUUGCCAGGACCAUUGAUUCGGCAGGUCUUACAUUUUCCGGGUUUGUAACAAGUACCCUGGGGAUGCUUUCCCAACUCUACGUAGCAGAGACCCAUAAUGAGGAGGCGGCGACAGCCGUAACAUCGAAUUUGGAAUUGGAACUUCCCACAUUAAGCAUCAUUGUCCGGUGUAUCGAUUCUUUAAUUGGAGUCCUUGGGCCCGACUUGCAGGAUAUGAGCAAGGCGAGGGAGUUAAUUUUAACCAAUGUUGGCCAAUUCCUGAAGGAACCAGACUAUACAGCCCAGUUAGAGGCUUUGCGAUGUCUAGAACAUUUAUCACUUUUUGCAGCCAGCCAUGUGGAUACAGCGGGCUACGUCAAACGGCUGCAGAAAGAGUUGGGCUCAGAGUAUGUGGAAUUAAGAGAUGUAGCCAUCGAUGGCCUUUAUCAACUCAUGAAAGGAGACGCUGAGCGGAUUAUCGACACGGCAGAUCCCGGACUGGAAGAUCAACUUUGGAUCGCUCUGGACGAGGCACCAGAGCAUGAGGGUAUUCGGAACAUAAUUAACAACUGGCUCAACCAAACUGGCAUUGAGGAUGCUGGGAAAUGGGUCGGUCGUUGCCAGGUGGUGAUGUCAAAGCUAGUAGAGCGGAAGGAUGGCAUUGCCGGAAAACUAGAGCACGAGAAGCCCACCAAUUCGGGCGCUGCGGACUUGAACGAUGAUGAGGUAGCCUCGCUCGCUGUCGCACCUUCUGGAGAAAAAGAAAACUCGCAACCUACCGGGCAAGAAUCGUUAAGAUGGCAAGUUAGGACAUUCGCGAUGAACAGUCUUUUCGAAUUACUAGGCUUGGCUGCGAAAGAGAUGCAGAGAGAUUCCGAGACUCCGGUGGAGGAGAGCCUUGCGCAAAAGAUUGCGGACAUCAUCCGGAUGGCAUUCUCCGCCAGUACAUCGAAUGUAGUACAGCUUCGUUUAGCUGGUUUGAGGAUCGUGGAUCAGGUUCUUAAGAUGUUUGGUUAUACUCCAGACCCUGAACUCCCAGAGGCUACAUUACUAGAGCAAUACCAAGCACAAAUUGGAUCUGCUCUUACCCCGGCAUUUGCGGUUGACUCUAGUCCCGAGCUCGCAAGUGAGGCAGUGAAUGUCUGCGCAGGGUUUAUCUCAACUGGCAUCGUUAAGGAUGUUGACAGGAUGGGGAGGAUUUUAAGGCUGCUAACAUCAGCAUUAGAGAACUUUUCAAGUGAUUCCGAGAUUGCAUCAAUUGGAGACCUAAAAGGGCUCAGUUCCAAUGCUCAGGUCAUGGUCAAGAUGGCCGUCCUCCGGGCCUGGGCUGAGCUGCAGGUUGCAAGCAAAGAGCAAUUGUAUCUUGCUGACGUUGUUAAGCCACAUAUUGCUACACUGGCACCAUUAUGGCUAUCCUCACUUCGGGAGUUCGCAAGGCUACGCUUUGAGCCCGACAUCUCAACGAACUCUACAGGCGCUACAACUCUCGGCGGCUCCAUUGAUACCAUUUACUCAGCGCUAAACCGGGAAGCACUGCUACAAUUCUACCAGGAUUCCUGGCUCAAAUUGGUCGACGCAAUUGCCAGCCUGAUUGAACAGGACAGUCGAUUUGUCUUUGACGCCCUGGAUGGUAAAGCCUCCUCUGGAGAUGUCAAUGGUAGCGGCGUCGCGCACGAUAUCAACUACCGCGAUGAGCCCGUUGCAUUCUUCUUUGUACUGUUUGGAAUUGCUUUCGAGGCUCUUGUCGGCAGGCCAGGAGUCGAUAGCCUUGCCACUAAGGAGCAGACACUCGAGAUACUGUUAGCGCUGAAAAAGAUUCUACACCCGUCUGUCUGCGGUCAUGCUAUUUAUCAGGGAGUGAUCUUCUCCGAGACGAUGGACCUGUUUGAUCGAUUAGUCCUUACUGAAGGUCUGGCUGUGCAGUCUGCCAUCGUUGAUAUUGCGAAGAGCCUAUGCGUCGAGCAUCCUACCGCUAGGUCAAAAUCUGGCGCCCAGGGAGAGAAUCUGACAGAAGACAUCGACCAACUUUUCGAGUUGACGAGACUGAUGGUCCUAGUCCUUGCGCGCUUACUACCGAAUGUGGUUGACAAGAAGACAGUGGUCCGUCACCAACUCUCGGAAGAGGCUGCCAACCUCGUCCGAGUUUCUUUGGAUGCCUUGGUAUAUGCCGCAGAAGUAUUUCCUGCAGUCAUACGAAUGGAUCUCUAUGCUUCGAUUCUCCACAUCUUCACUGGCAUCUUCAGUACCGGUGUCUGUCAGACGGAGGUGGUGCCGCGAUCCCUGCCGAUAUUCAAGCGGUUCAUCCGAAUAAUCACGAAUUCUAGCGGGGGUAAUGACAACGAGAUGGUUGUCAUGCAGGUUAGGAGUUGUCUGAGCAGCAUAUUACAAAUUCUCGAUAACGCAAAUUUUGAUAGGAUACGAGGCAGUUCUGCACUCCCUUGCCUCAAGAAUUGCUUGAUGGCCUCGGCGAUAGUGAUUACCGCCGGAGUUAAUAUAUUGCCCCCGAACGACGAGCAGGUCCCAAUCCUAUGCGAUAGAAUAAUAGAUGCAUUGUCAGACCCAGAAACGUCCAAAAUGGCCGUCCAAUGCAGCCGCUCAAUCCUCAUGAUCACACCAAAGACCGCCUGCGACCAGGAAAUAGUCCGUUACAUGAUCCCGCGACUAAUCACCUUUGUUACAACCACCAAAAGCGACCCUGAGGAAGACUCGGAUCAGACAAAAUCCCUCGUCUGCCACAUCCUCACGUCCUUCGUCUCCACGCUCUUCGGCGACCAAACCCAGGUCGCCAUGGCGCUCCUAAUACCUACAUUGCUAGCCCACGCUUCGUCGAAUCCAGGCUCGUACCCCGAGACGGCAAAGAGGUUGCUGGAGUUGGUCGCCAUUAACCAAUUGGCGUUCAAGAGCGUUGUUGCGAAUAUGGGUGCUGAGCAGAGGGGUUUCAUGGAGGAGAUUUUAAGGUCGAACGCUAGGUCCGUUGCUGAGAGUACCCAGCAGCAGUCCAGUGCGCCGACCAUUACUUUGAAGAUGAACUUUGGUUAGUUGGGCUCCGCUGUAUUAUUAUUGUGGCUUGGUUGGAUGGAGGGUUGUAAUUAGAUAUUAGCCAUACAUUAAUUUAGCUAUUGUGAUGACCGC